GGGGCCGCCAGGUAGACCGAAAUUUCCCAUUUGUGAAAAAAAACCAUCGGUCGAUUAUAAAGGGAAUCGCUGAAGUAUUACUGGAGCGGACCCCCUCUUAUGCAGUCAGUGGGCAUCAUCUUAUGAAAAUAUCUGGAUCCGCCACUGUUACAUCAUCAUGCAUAGGUGAAACAAACAAGCACAGUUGAAACAAAUAAGCUACCAGUAUGAUCUCACACCCUAUCAAUGAACCUGGAUUUGCAGCUAUAAUACAUGACCCAGUCGUACAAACUGUCACGCACCCAUCUGUUGCUCAUAUAGGCCACAAUUUGGUUGCACCUAGUCAAGAACCGAUUUUUCCUGUGAGAACAUUCCGGAUUCUUGGAGGAUCUCAGAUUGUUCUAGCUAUUGUUUGUAUGGUUCACAGCUUCAUUGGUGUAAUUCUAGAUGCCAUUGAAAUGAACCGGAACUGUCGUCACUCAUACAAAAGUUACUAUGGUGUGCAUGAUCCCUGGUUCUGGCAGUGCUGGAUAUGGAGAAGAUACACAGAACCUUUGCUUGCAUUUGAUCUUACUUGUCUGAUAUGCUCAGGAUGGUUUUUAUUCACCGGAUUCUUUCCCAUUUGUAUGUCACGAAAGAAAAUAAAUAACUGGAAAAACCUGAAAAUUGCCUUUAUGGUAUGUAGUAUUAUUGGAUCGGCUCUAUUUGUCCCAAUCAUAUUCAGUCUUGGAGUCAUUGGAGCCAUUUACCGAGAAUUCCACAAUGGAAAAGUAGUAGUGUUGUCAGCCUUUUUGACCAUAUUUUCUGCUGCUCAGUUUGUUGUGGGCAUACUUUCAGCGUCUUAUUGCUGUUGUUGUUCUCCAUGGGAAGUUUCAGAACCCACCGUGAUUUACUUCAGUUCUAAUCAGCAAGGAAGGAUAAUGAGUUCUUCACAAACUCAUAUACCCGGGAAUGACAUAAACACUGAACAGUUCCAGAGGCAAUCAGAGUACAGCCGGGCAUCCCAGUAUGAGGUUACGGAGCACUAUGACCAAGGAGGAGAUAACUUUAAAUCACAACAUAUGACCUAUGAUGACCCUCCCCCAUCUUACAAAGAGUAAUAUGUUUUUUUA